CCAAUGAAGUGGCGGUAUGAAAAGCCAUGGGAAGCUGAGCUCCAAGAACAAAGGCUGCCUUUCAAGCCCUUGUUGCUUUUCCUUGGUAUAUAGCUGCUUUGAAUGAGAAAACUCCACAGGAAUUAUGAAAUUUGAGGAUCUCUUGCUGGAAAUUGGGGGCUUUGGCAGAUUCCAGAUUUUGAUUUUGGUUAUGCUUUGCCUCCCAAGAAUCAACCUGCCCAUGCAUUUUCUGCUGCACAAUUUUAUUGCUGCUACCCCCUCUCAUCACUGUGCAAUUCCAUACCAAGAGGCGUUUGUGAAUCUCACCAUGGAGGAAAUUCUACUCAUCAGUAUCCCCCGGGAGUCCGACGGCACUUUCAGCUCUUGUGAGAUGUUCUCACAGCCUCAGUUUCACCUGCUGCUCAACUCUUCUCUGCAAUCAGAAAACAAAUCCAUCAUCCAGCGCUGCCAGCAUGGAUGGGUCUAUGACCACUCACAGUUGACCUCCACGAUCUCCACCCAGUGGGACCUUGUGUGUGAGCAGCGUGGACUGAAUCAGGCAACUGCAACCUUCUUCUUCAUCGGCGUUACGAUGGGGGCUGUGGUAUUUGGAUACCUCUCUGACAGGUUCGGACGGAAAACUAUGCUCCUGCUGUCGCUUGUGUGCUCUCUUGUAUUUGGAAUGCUGAGCGCUGCCUCGGUCUCCUACAGCAUGCUGGCCAUCACACGGGCCCUCACUGGGUUGGCCCUGAGUGGUGUCUCCCUGAUUGUAUUGCCUUUAGCGAUGGAGUGGGUGGACAUACAGCACCGCACCUUCACUGGGAUCCUGAGUAGCAUCUUCUGGAGCAUUGGGAACAUGCUGCUGGCCAUGGUAGCAUACUUGGUGCGGGAAUGGCACUGGCUGUUAGUAGCUGUAACAGGACCUUGUCUUCUGAGCAUUGUCUGCCUGUGGUGGGUCCCAGAGUCUGCCCGCUGGCUCAUAGCCAAAGGCAAAGUGAAGCAAGCUCACAGGCAUCUGCUUAGAUGUGCAAGAACGAACAGAAGGAAAGAUUUUGCUCUCUCACCAGAGGCCCUGGCAAGGAUGGCAACAGACAAAAAGCCAUCAGGGAGUUACUUCUACAUCAGCUUGUUCAAAACACCAGUCCUGCGGAAGAUCUCUCUGUGUUCUGGGGUUGUGUGGUUUGGUGUUUCCUUCUCUUAUUAUGGCAUGAGCAUGAACCUGACUGGCUUUGGGCUCAACAUCUAUCUCUCCCAGUUUGUGUUUGGUGUCAUUGAGAUUCCAGCCAAGAUGAUCAUGUACGUGCUGGUGAACCGAGUUGGACGGCGACAGAGUCAGGCGUGGACACUCAUCCUGACUGGACUGUGCAUAGGAGCCAACGUUGCCAUUCCCAAGCCCUUCACCUCCUUGCGUUCUGUAGUAGCCAUAAUGGGCAAAGGCUUCUCAGAAGCUGCGUUCACUACUGUCUUCUUGUACACCUCUGAGCUCUACCCUACCAUACUGAGGCAGAAUGGGAUGGGGUACACCUCCUUUGUGGCACGCCUCGGCGGGGCUUUGGCCCCACUUGUGUUCCUGCUGGACGAGGUGUGGAGGUCUCUGCCAGAGGUGACGUACUGCAGUGUAGCAGUGUGCAGCGGUGCAGUGGCCUUUCUGCUCCCAGAGACGCUCAACAUGUGCCUGCCUGAGGGUAUUGAGGACGUCGAGAAGGAACAAGUAAAAGUGCCGCCAGAAACCACUGCUCCCGAGGGCAUGCCACUACAGUCUCUGCUGAAGUGAGGCACGCCAUGGGACAGCCACCAUGGAGGACUGCACAACUGGCCCUUUCUUCACUUGCUAUCUUUUCAGCAGCAGUUUAUCACUCUGGUUUAUCAAGAUCCUUCUCGAACACA